CCCAGUGACGAACAGACGGGGGAGAAGAGGACAAGAACAGCAAGAAGAAAAGAGCUGAGACAAAAGAGACGCUGCUCGGACUUUUGUUUACGUCCUCUCACGCUCGGGAUUUGUUGACAACUUUUUGGAUGUACUACUCGUUUUUGUGGAGUCGCUCACUUCGGAACUGACGGCAGCUUAUUUGUAAUUCGCAGACAUUUAAUUGUCCUCACUUUGGAUGUUUACGCAGUCAUGUGUCAUCUCUGACAUGCACAGUACGCCCAGAGCCCAUGAGAGCGCAGUGAGUGCAGGACGUCCCCGGCCCAAGUCGACUGAGAGCCGCAGAGAGCAAGGCACCGGCUUCUGCUCGCCCGUGGCCGAAGAAGAAGAAAGAGGAGGAGGAGCCGGAGGGAGCACGCCGCGGUCGCCGUCUCGCCGCCGGUGCAGCGUCGCCUCCCUGGCUUCGGAGCGCCGCGGCGUGUUCGAGACCAGAUCCAUAUUCCAGUUCCCGUACCGGCGCUCCUCCAGCGGAUACUUUUCCUUCGAGGGGGACUCGCUGCCCGCCUCGCCGCUCUCCCCCACGGCCACCCGCGCCACGCAGACCCCCAGCCCCUGCGCCCAGGUGGUCGAGCACGCCCUGCUGCGCGUGGCCGAGGAGCAAGCGGGGGCCAUGCAAGCCGUGGAAAUCGGACGAGAGCUUCGACGCAUCGGAGAUGACUACAACGACUAUAUUCUGAGGGGAGCGGCGGGCAGGCGGGUGGUGAUCCACCAGAACCAGUUGCUGCCGCACAUCCACCAGGAGCCCGCCAUCCUUCUCUGCAUGGGCCUCCUGAUCUUUCUGAUCGGACGGUACUUGCACGGCUUCGCCAACGGCCAGCCGGACCAGUCUGCGGUUUAGCCGCGGGAAAACCCAGCAGACGUAGCAUCGUUUCAGAUCCGACCAUCAUCUUCUUUCAUUCUUUUUUUUUUUUUAGGAACCUAAUUUUCAAGCUUUAGACUUUCAAAAAAUGGAACUAUCAGGAACUCUAAAAUGUGUGGAUUUUUCGCUUUUGCGCUUCCUGUGUUUUCUCCUCAUUGUCGCCGAGCCUUUGAGAUGCAACCAAAGAGUUGGGAAUUUGCACUCCCUUCCAAAAAAAAGACGCCGCCUGUGGAAAUCCAAACGUGCCUUGUACAUUCCCCCUGUAAGUUUCUCUUUUGUUUACCUUUUUUUUUUCUGUGCCGUUUUUCCGCGUUGUUGAGUCAACUCUGCAGACCCAGGGUUGUUAAAUUAUAUGGGUCCAAUUCCCUGGACGACGAAAGGGAACUUUUACACUUUUACACAUCUACCGUUCCUAGCACACAUGUCCGUUUUUAGAUACAUAGCUCCUCCUACUAUAAAAAUAACAUGAAAUCCAGAUUAUGUUUUUUGUGCCAAAACAAAAACAAGUACUUGAUCAAACUUCUAGUGUGAACAAAUUAAGUUUCCUUAGUGUGUUGAUAUGAAACAACCAGAAAAAGAAAAACCGCUUCAAAAUGAGGCAUUUGUGCAACCACUAGAUCCAAACCACCGGUGUGACCAACCACUCAAGCUUUCGAGGACCGGUGAUCCAACGCCACUUUUCUUUAGCAUCACCAUCGUCAGACUGAAAGUGGCUGUCACAGAUCCAUUUCCUGUCCGUUUAACUCAGGGGUGUCCAAACUUUUUGAAUUGGGGCCCGCAUUGGGCUAAAGAAAAUUGGUCAAGGGCAGAAAGAGUGUGUGGAAAGUUUGACUUCUCCUUAAAGCUUUGCAAUCAAUCAGAAAUAUCAAGCAGCAGAAAAUGCGCCAAACAUGGUUAAGUGUGGAGAGUGUUUUGCAUUUUUCCCAUAAUGCUUUGUAAUUGAUUUAAAUGGGUGUAAUUUUGAAUCUUUUAUGGUGCACAAACGUUAUUUGUAAUGUUCACAAAGUUCAUGGAGCAGGUUGUGUAAUGUGUUACCAUGUCUGUUGACAUUCAAUUUUUUUUGCACCAUGACUAGGGAAGGUUGUUUGCAUUGGUUCAUAUAAGUAUUUGCUGCAAUUGAUUCCAUUCAGAGCAUAAUUCAAGGUCGUUGAUGUGAAUUACUCACGUUGUCCCUAGAUCGUGACAAAAUGUUAGCAACAAAAUUGUUGAUCCAUCAAAUUGCGCGCAAUCCUGUCAGGUUCAAACACUGAUGACAUCUAUUAAACAAGACAAGAAACAAGGAAUUAAACAGUGACAGAAUUCAAUUUGGCUCAGUGAGGAGAGACGCCUGGACACUGUACCCUUGUACAGCGUCUCAGCACGCUCUGGCGAAAGAUUGUACGCCUCCGCUUUUAUUGGGACUUUCCCUGAUUACAUGGCAACAGCUUUUUCUAAGGGACGGGGGUCGUAAACAGCCAUUACCUUUGAUUAGAACAGGUCCCUGGAGGGGAGUCGGGUCCUGCUUCCUCUUCGCUUUAUAGUUCUCGGGUCAAAACAAUAUCUUUCUGUAGAUUACAAUACAUGAAAGAAACAGAACACCUUCAUGUUGCUUCCCAUCCUACACAGUGAAGUUUUACAAGCCUUCUUCUUGAUAGGUUCAAAGACGGCUUUUGUCUUCUCGCCGGGAACUAAUUUCAACACAAAGUAUUGUGAUACCUUAGAUACAAUUAUUCUGACAAUCCCCCUUUGGGUAAGAUUCCUUAUUAACUCAUGACGUCUCGCAGGGCCAAAUUGAAGAAAUCGGCGGUCUGCCUUUGGUCAACCUGUGGUUUGGACACCCCUGAUCGGUCGUAGUUAGCGCCUCGCAUGGCAGCCUUCGCCAUCAGUACUCCACAAUUUUGCUGUUCUUAAUGUGCAAUGGCAAUAAAAAUGCUAUACUAUUAGCACAAUGACUCUUCCCCCGUCAAAGUCUGCUCUUGCCCGUCGUCCCGGUAAACGCUUUCAGAGAGCGUGCGCUGGAAAAACGGGAAAAAUACUAUAUACUGUAUUUCGAAUUUCUAGUGAAUACAUCAAAAACUUUAUACAAGUCACAGUCCCCUGAAUAGUGGGACAUAAGAACUUGUUUUUAGGCAAUAUAAAACAAUUACUACUUUUGAGCAUUUCAAAUUUGUAAUAAGACACAACAUUUCACAAUACGACUAAGUAUAGCUAAUACGUUUUAAUUGCUAAUUUCUUAUUUUAAGACAUUUUACAGAGACAAUUUUGACUGGUUCCAUUGGCAGAUUUUGUUUUUGAUCAUUACAAGCAAAAAUGAGCAAAAAAAUCAAGUCAGAAUUGUAUUUUCUAAAAACAAGUUAUGUCUCACUGAAAAAUGACUAUUUCGGGGAUUGUGACUUGUAUUAAGUUUGUUUAGAUAUUUUGACUAGAAAUUACAACCAUAUACUUGGUAAGAUUGUGAGUUUUUCCAGGGAGACGCCGUUUAGCGAACUAGCAUUAGCAAACACAAAUGAAAUUUACGCUGACUAAUGUUUCGCCUCUCAGUUCAGUUACUCAUAAAAAUGAUGUUGGCUCAGUUUACACCAAGCAGCGCAGUUCGGUUCGCUAAAAUGUUCGGUGAAAGGUGCCAGUGCCACCUGGUGCCAACAGUAUCGUAAUAAUCGAUGUAUUGGGAUGUAACGAUAAACGGUAUUAAAUACAACCGCGGUAAAACUCGUCGGUUAGUAUUACCGUUUUGAGUUUAAAUUUUCGUAAAUACGUGAUUGAUAGCCGCACUUUGAUGAACUCACGGACGGACUGACGCUAGCGCCCUAGCGUUAAUGCUAACAUGAAAACGAGACAUUAACGUUUUUCCCCGUUAAGAAACGACAUACCCCGAUCUAAACUUGUAUAAACACAUUACUGUCUGUGCAAGUCAGACCGGAUUUGCCCCGUUUGUACGUCGAUCUUACGUUCAUGAUGUCGUUCACAACAACACAAGCAGAUGAGAUGUGUUGUGGGUGUACGGAUUGUUCUCGCUGGCUUUUCCUAGUUUGGUCACUGUUUUAAGUGGCCGCCUCCACAUUGUGAGGAGACGACUGAGUGUCUUGGACACGUUAUUUUCCCCAAACAAACAUUCUUUCUCCUCACAAAGACUGCAUUUCAUUUAUAUACAUUUCCGUGAUAUUCUGUGUUUACCCUCGGAUUCCGUUUUAUUGGCCAAAUCCGUGAUUUCGUCCGUGGCUACGGCAAUGCGGAACUCAUGGCCUUAUUGAUUAUUGACUACGCGUACCAGCUGUGGUGAGAUCCCAAACUUCUGGUAGACAAGGUUUUUUUCACUCACCGUUACAAGCUCAGGAAUGUGCAUGCACAUUGCGCAAUCCAUUAAUCAUUUUUUUCUAUUAUGUUUUUACGACCACGAGAAGCUAAAAUCGAAAUUGAAAUUGAAAUUUGAUUAAUUGUCCAUUCCUAGUGCAACUAAGAUGUUCAAAUGUGCACACUGAACCUACAAGCUGUGCCCUCUUUCAACAGAGUGAUCCUUCUAUACUCAGAGGAAUAUGAGACACAGGUCUUUUUACGGUGCGUUCAAGGACCGCUGAACAGAGUAGGACGCCCGCCGGAACACUCUUAUCAGCGAAGCAUGAGAAACACAAAACAUGCAAAAUCAUGUUUUUAACAGGGGGUCUAUUUAUUUUAUUUAUUUAAGAAAAUCAAAAGAUUUCGUAGUUUUUGAGCACAUUCAACAAUAUUGCGAUAAUGAUAACCGUGAAAUGUUCAUAUCGUUACAUCCCUAGCAGAAUUCUACUAAAAAUGAAGGAGAAAAGAUACAGAGGGCGAAACAUCGAAGAAAAUAUUUAUCUUACCAUAAAAGUACACGACUCACUUGUAAUUUCAUCAUAAAACUGGAAUCUGAACUACACAUAAUUGGUUUGCUGCAGAUGGCGACAACAUCAUUAAUUCAUGUCACGCAAGAUCUGAUCCGCCACAUCAUUUAUUGUGGCUGCCGCAGCAUCUGCAGUGGCCCAGUGCAUCACCUAAGGGAGACCGCAGCGUCAUUUAAAGUCGCCCGCCGCGUCACCUUAGGUGGCCCGCUGCAUCAUUUAAGGUGGCCUGCCGAUGCGUCACCUAAGGUGGCCCGCCGCAUCAUCUAAGGUGGCCCGCCGCGUCACCUAAGGUGGCCCGCCACGUCAUCUAAGGUGGGCCGAUGCGUCAUUUAAGGUGUACCGUUGCGUCAUUUAAGGUGGCCCGCCGCAUCAUUUAAGGUGGCCCGCUGCGUCAUUUAAAGUGGCCCGCCGCAUCAUUUAUAGUGGCCCGCCACGUCAUCUCAGAUGGUCCGCCGCCUCACCUAAGGUGGACCGCCGCAUCAUUUAAUAUGGCCAGCGCAUGACCUAAGGUGGCACAGGGCAUCACCUAAGGUGGCCCGCCGCCUCCCCUAAGGUGGCACAGGGCAUCACCUAAGGUGGCCCGCCGCGUCACCUAAGAUGGCUCGCCGCAUCACCUAAGGUGUCCCGGUGCGUCAUUUAAGGUGGCCCGCCGCAUCAUCUAAGGGUCACUUAAAGUGGCCCGCCAUAUCAUUUAAAG